AUGGGGAAGCUGAUCUCCAAAGGGCGGCACAAGAGAGACGCUCAAGUUGUCAUGCUGGGGCUGGACCUCGCUGGCAAAUCCACUCUCCUGUACAAACUGAAGGGCAGCCAGGCUGUGGAGACCUGCCCGACGGUGGGCUUCAACGUGGAGUCUCUGCAAACACCCUGUGGUGUAUCCUUCACCCUCUGGGACGUUGGAGGGCAAGGCAGCCUGAGGGCAAGCUGGCCUGACUACCUGGAGGACACCAACGCCCUCAUCUUUGUGCUGGACAGCACGGACACGGCCCGGCUGCCUGAAGCCUUGGCAGCACUGGAGGAAGCCCUGAGCCACCCCAGCGUGGCUGGUGUCCCUGUCCUCCUCCUGGCCAACAAGCAGGAGGCGCCAGGAGCCUUGGCUCCCACCGAGCUGGAGGAGAGGCUGCGGCAGGGGCGGCUGGGGGGGCGCCGCUGGGUGCUCCAGGGGUGCAGCGCCCACACCGGGCAGGGCCUGCAGGAGGUCCUGGCUGUCUUGGGAGAGCUCCUGCGGGGUGCAGAGCAGAGAUCCCCAUCCCCAGAGCAGCCCCUUGCAGGGCAGGUGGGCAGGAGGUGA